AGGAUGGGCCCAAACUGUCUCUCUCUCUCUCUUCCAUCUCUCUCCAUCUGCACUCUAUCUCGACAGAUACACACACGCACAAAUCUUCUUCACCUUCGGUGAUUGUGAAGUCGCCGCCGUCGUCUUCCUGUUGAAUUCGCCGGGACGCCGUCGUAAGCCGCCGCCAUCCCUUCGCCUCUCUCUAUCUCCAUCACUUUUACUCUCUCUCGUUCUCUCGACAAUACACGCAAUAGCCCUAAAUCCCCCCUCCCCAUUCCCCUUUUUCGAACUUGCCGCUGCUGCUACGAAUCCGGUGAGCGGCCUACGCCCCGCCGCGUCUCCUUCGCUGAGAAUCGCCACGCCGCCGCUCCUUCUCCUUCGCCUUCUCUCUUUGGCUGGUCGGCGGUGUAUGGUGUGGUCGUGGAUUUCGACCUCUGCGUUCAACAACCACCGCCGCUGUCUCUUCCUUUGAUUGGAGCCCAGGGCUCUCCUCGACCCGGACAGCAGCCAUGACCGCUGCCAAGCGCACAACUCCGACGCCACCGACGCGCCUCUUCCUCUGAUACUCCGGACGGAUAGCACCAGUGAGGAGAGCCGCACCGCCGCCGCUUCUGGGGACUGCCGCUACGCGCGCAGCUACGGCAAAACAGGGCAGCAACAAGGAGCCACUCCCACUGCCGCUUCUCUCCACGCUCGACGCGAUCAGAGCAACGGAACAGGGCUGUACCACCCUCGACUCCCGACUCGACAAGUUUCAACGGCGUACACAAGUUCAAAAUUCAAUUUGUGCUACAAGAUUGAUUCUCCCUUGUAAAUGAAGGUCCAUGGACUCUGGCCUUGGUUCUGGGGCAAGGGAUUGUUCUGAGGAUGACAUUGUAGGGGUAGGUGAUCCUACUGCAGUAGUGGAUGCCUGUAUAAAUCAGAUAGGUGAGGUUUCAAGCUUCCUGUAUGAUGAUGAGGAGGUCUUUGUUCAUGAAGAUGCAUCGUUGAGUCGCGAAGCUUCUUCUACUGAGAAAGAUGGUAUGGAUGUAGAUAGAGAGAGCACAUAUAGCUGCCUUAAUUCUUCUUCAUCAGAGGAAAAAAGUUUUGACAGUGAUGGUAAACAUGAGUCUGCCAGCCAAAAUGGUUGUUUAAACAAUGAUGCUGAGUGUCAGAGUCCUAAGGCAUGCAUCAGUGGCAAUAAUGGGCCAGAUAUUUUGGGCGAGCAAGAUGACCGUAGUCCUGGUAUUUCCUCUGACGAUCAGCUGGGAAUGGAUGCUGAUGAUAAACAAGUUUCUAUAGCUGAAACCCCUUCUAAUGCCUCGUCUGGAUCCAUUAAAGAUGAAGCUGAAGAGUACAUAGUGCCGGAACUUGGGGUGGAGUUUGAAUCUGAAGAGCAUGCAUACAAGUGUUACAAUAGAUAUGCUCUGAUGGAAGGUUUCAGCAUCCGAAAAGAUUUUGUGAAUAAAAGUAAGGUUACUGGCUUGGUAGUAUCGAGAAGGUACACCUGCCACAGACAAGGCUAUGGAUCCAGCAAGCGUGAUAUGAACAUGAAACCCCGGAAAGAAACAAGAACUGGUUGUCAGGCUCACAUGACCAUUACGCGUCAAACAAAUGGGAAAUAUCGUGUCAUCCAUUUCGAGACAAGGCACAAUCAUGAGUUUGUGACACCAUUCACAGCCCAUUUGUUACCAUCACAGAAGAGGAUAUCCUUUGUUGAGGCUGUUGAGGCCGAAUCAGCUGCUGCUCCGGUGCCAGAUGGGGUCCCAAAGCUGGGGAUGGGGUUUGAUUCGGAAGAUCAUGCUUAUGAAUUCUACAAUGCAUAUGCUGGGCGACUGGGUUUCAGUAUUCGGAAGGAUUACGUGAACAGGAGUAAAGUAGAUGGAGCUGUGGCAUCUAGGAGGUAUACUUGUUUCAGAGAAGGCUAUAGGCAGAACGACAAAAGAGGUUCAAAAGUGAAGAGACCACGAAAGGAAACCAGAGUUGGGUGCAUGGCACAGUUAGUCAUUUCUCGUCAGGCUGAUGGUAGGUACCGUGUCACUCACUUUGAAGAACGCCACAAUCACGAGCUUGUACCAGCAUGUAAAGUUCGCACACUGCGAUCACAGAGGAGGUCUUUGACAAAUCAAAUUGUGGAAUCCCAGUGCAUCCGGAGCUUCUGAUAUGCCGCCAAAGUCAGUUGCUGAGUUGUUAUUAGCAGGAGCGGGAGGUCAGGACGAUCCCAUUUUUGAUCCUAUAGAUCACGAGAUGAAUCUUACAUCCAAACGAGCUUGGAACAUGAUGCAGGAAGAAGCUGAAAGUUUCCACCGGUAUUUCCAGAACAAGAAACUGAAGGAUCCGUCUUUUGUUUAUGCUGUACAGCUUGAUGUUGAAGAGGAAAUGACCAAUUUCUUCUGGGCUGAUGAGAAGAUGUUGGUGGACUAUGGGGAUUUUGGUGAUGUGGUUUGCUUUGAUACAACAUACCGUCUCAACAAAGAUUGGCGGCCUUUAGUCCUGUUUUUUGGAAUAAAUAAUCAUAAGCAGAUACUGGUCUUCGGUGCUGGAUUUCUUUACGAUAACACAGCCCAGUCUCUUAAAUGGAUACUGAGAACCUUCAUAAAAGCAAUGUCUGGAAAAACCCCAAAGACUAUCCUCUCUGAUAAAAAUGCUAUUUUAUCAGAAGUAAUAAGCUCUGAAUUGCCUGAAACUCAACACAGGUUAUGCACAUGGCAAAUAUAUCAAAAUGCGCUCAAACAUCUCAAUGAAGUAGUCGUCAGCUCAGAUUCUUUUUCCAGUGAUUUAUGUGGCUGCUUUCUCCACCUGGAUGAGGAAGACUUUGUUAAUUCCUGGAAAGUCAUGCUGGAUACUUACAGUCUGUGGGAAAAUGAGUGGUUGCGCGGCGUAUUUGAAGAGAGAGAGAAGUGGGCUUUGCCAUACAGCAAGCAUAUCUUUUCAGCUGACAUAGAAACUGCUUUCCUCUCUGAGUGCUCUAUCACUAGCCUGAAAAAGUACGUGAAGCAUGAAUCACAUAUUCUCCAGUUUGUCAAGCAUUUUGGAAGGGUGGUUAACGACUGGCGCUACAAAGAGUUGGAAGCUAACUAUGACAUGGGUCAGCAUGUGCCAAGAUUGAUGGGUGAUGUCAUAAUGCUGAAGCAGGUAAGGGAAAUAUACACGCCCAUCAUCUUUAAAACGUUUCACCAAGAAUACGAAAUCUCUCUGAACAUUGUGAUCAACCAAUGCAUUGAUGCAGUGUCCUCAGUCGAGUAUAAAGUCAGUACAUAUGGUGAGGUUCGUCAUUACACUGUUUUAUACAGCUUAGAAGAUGAUUUAGUUGCUUGCAGUUGUAUGAAGUUUGAGUCUGGAGGAAUUCUGUGUAGCCAUGCACUGAAAGUGCUGGACUAUAGGAAUAUAAAGAUAGUCCCUAGCCGAUAUAUAUUGAAGCGUUGGACCAGAGAUGCGAGGGCGUAACAUUUAUUUUUCCAGCUUGUAUUUUGGCAAGGAAAUGUAACUAUCAUGUAAGAAACUAUACAGUUGUAGAUUGGCUGAUUGUAUAUUUUUGUGGAAAUUAAUGAAGGUUUUAUUGAUUGGUCAGUUGACUACUGAUUUUGAGAAA